AUGGAUGUAGUGACCUCCCCCUUUCCAUCGGUCGCCAUUCCGGAUGUCGAUCUUUGGAGUUUUCUCUUCGAACGAGCUGAUCGGCCAUAUCCAGCUGAUAAAGUUCUGUUCACCGCCGCCGACACUGAACGGUGUCUCACGUAUACGCAAAUCCGCCAACGAGCUCUGUCCUUCGGCCACUCCUUGCGUCGAAAAUGGGAUUGGCAGAAAGGCGAUGUCCUAGUCGUCUUCACCACGAACUCAAUCGAUGUGCCGCCCAUCGUUUGGGGUACCCUUGCCAUCGGCGGCGUGGUCUGUCCGGUGAACCCUAACUACCGCGCGGAGGAGUUGCUGCAUCCCCUACAAGGUACCAAGGCUAGGGCUCUCGUAACACAGAGAGCUCAAGCGUCGGUGGCCUUUGAGGCUGCCAAACGUGCUGGCCUCCCCCGCGACCGUGUAAUAGUUCUGGAUGAGCUAACAGAAGAUGACUUCGACCAUGGGAGAGUGAAUGGGCCACAUUCGGCCCCGAUUGACCGUCCAGCGGAAGAUUUGGCUUUCUUAGUCUACUCAUCCGGCACAGCUGGUCUCCCCAAGGCUGUGAUGCUCUCGCAUCGCAACAUGAUUGCAAACUUGCUGCAGACUGCAUCAGUCGAUAACGGCGAGCUGGCAUGGAAUGGAGGCAUGCACGGCGAGGGCGAUAGCACCCUGGCUUUGUUGCCUUUCUUUCAUAUCUAUGGCAUCACAUAUCUUCUCAACCAUACCGUUUACCUUGGUCUGUCGACAUUCGUCAUGCCCAGAUUUCAAUUCGAUUCAUUCUGCGCCACCAUUCAGAAACAUCGAAUCACCUACGCAUAUGUAGUUCCACCGAUUAUCCUAGAACUGGUGUCUAAUCCUCGUAUCACUGAGUAUGACCUCAGCUCGCUACGGAUGAUGCUCUCCGCUGCUGCGCCGCUGGCGGUGGAGUUAAUCCAAACUUUGCAUCAGAAGCUCAAUUUCAGCGUGCGUCAGGCGUAUGGGAUGAGUGAAUGUGCUCCGUGUACGCACAUGCAGACAUGGAACGAGACACACAGCCACCCGGGCUCCGUUGGUCGUCUUCUCCCGAAUAUGACUGCCAAGUAUGCCCCGGUUGAGGGGGAGACUGGACGGUCCAAAGAGCUCUGGGUCAAAGGGCUGAAUGUCUUUCUUGGAUACCUGAAUAAUCCGAAGGCCAACGGUGAAUCCUUUUCUGAAGAUGGAUAUUACAAGACUGGUGAUGUGGGAUACGAGGAUGAGAGUGGCCACUUCUACAUCACAGACCGAGUGAAGGAGUUGAUCAAGUAUAAUGGGUUCCAGGUGGCACCGGCUGAACUCGAGGCCAUCGCUCUAGGGCAUCCUGCCAUCGCAGAUGUGGCUGUGACGGGAAUCAAAGACGACCAGUCGGGGACAGAACUGCCCCGAGCAUAUGUGGUUGUGGCGCCGGGAUACGAGGGCAACCAGAACACAGCUGAUGCUAUAUAUCAGUAUGUGAGUGAUCAGGUGAUUAAUUAUAAGCGCUUGCGUGGAGGAGUGCGUUUUGUGCCGGCUAUUCCACGAAACCCAUCUGGGAAGAUCUUGCGACGAGAACUGAAGAAGUUGGAUCGAGUGGCCAAGCUGUAGCUUCCAUGCUUCACUGCCGAAUUGUGGAUUGUAUAGCUGUAAUGUAGAGAAAUAGAGAGCAUUGUGUCCGGAGGAAUGUUCCGUGGAAAAUCAUGAUUCGCA